GCCCAUUGAUACAUAAUCAAUGAGAGAGAAAGAAAGUGAGAGAGACCGAGAGAGAGGGAAGCCUUCUUCCUCUCUUCCCCACUUUCUUUCCUCCCCAAAUCGCAAAAUCUCUUCUUCUUCGCUGCUUCCUCUCUGCUCUUGAAAAACCCUAAGAAGAAGUCUCUCUCCUCCAAUUAUUCUGCUGGAAAUGGAGACCCUAAAGUCCUCCCUAUCGGCGGCGCCACCACCACCACCAGCAUCGGCGCUGCCACUCUCCCCGACUAGCUCCAGCAGCAACAGCAGCACAAACAGCAACCCGACUCCGCCACCGUCAUUACCGUCCAUCCCCAAGAUCCCGCCCAAGCCUUCGCUCAUCCUCCAGGAGACACCUCCUCCCACCACCUUCAUCCAGGCCGACCCCUCCUCCUUCAAGCACGUCGUCCAGAUGCUCACCGGCCUCCCCGAAACGGCAGCCGCUGCCGCCGCCGCUCGCAAGCAGACUUCCUCCGCCUCCCCCUCCUCCUCCCCCUCCUCCACCGAUCAGCCUCCCCGGGGCCACCUUCCGAGCUUCAAGAAGACCUCCUCCUUCAGGCUCUACGAGCGGCGCCAGAAGACCCUCCGCAAGCUCAAGCUCUCCGACCCUAGCUUCCCUCUUGGAGCCACCGUCGGCUUCUCCUCCCCGCUGUCGUCCCCGGCUGCCUCCCCCGUGCCGCUUUCGCCGAGCACCCUCCUCGAUCUUACGGCGCUCUCCCUCAGCCCCGUCACCCCGCUCAUCUCCGACCCUUUCGCUGCCGCUGCCGCCGCGGCCGCCGCUGAGGAGAAGGCGAUCGCGGCAAAGGGCUUUUACUUACACCCAUCGACGCCGCGUGGGGGCGAAUCCACGGAGCCUCCGCGGCUGCUCCCGCUCUUCCCCGUCACAUCGCCGCGGGUUUCAUCGCCGCCGCCGUCGUGAGGAGAAAGCUGUCGGACCGCCACGCGUCUGUGUAUCCGCUGAUCGAUCGAUCGGAAGAAGGCGAUGCUUUUGAUUCAAUUGUACAAAUUCUUCUCUUUCUCCUCCGUCUCCACUUUCUUUCCUCCCCUUUUCCCUCUUUUUCUCUUUUCUCUUGAUUUUCCAUUUCUGUGAUUUGAAUUAUGAGAUAUUAUGGUGGUGUUGAUCGAGAGGUCGAAAUUUUCUUCGAUUUUUCUCAUCAUAAUCUAAACCUUCUUCCACUCU